AUGGAUGUCUCCAGGACUAUGGCUCACACCAUUCAGGAAAUGGAGCGUUUACUGGAUGAAGCUGUCAAGAUUGCUCAAAUGGCAGGGUCUGUAGACGACCAGAAAAGAACGAGAGUGGCGACAGAAGAGAGGCCUGUAAGUCCUGCACAUCGGUCACGUCAGAGAAGAAAGACCUCGAUCCAAGCAACUUUACCUAGCAGGAAUCAACAUGUCGAGUCUCUUCGGCCGCCACAGAUUGGUCCGCGCACCACGUCCACCGGCAGUAUUUACGAGAGAAGGGGAAGCUCUCUAGUUCCACAGCCGCCGCCUUUUCUGAGACUCAACGGAGAUGAUCUGAAGGAUGAGGAGAACGAAGAGAAGGAUCAUUUGUUGGAGGGCGGAGAGAAGCUUCAAGUUCCUCGCCCGGGACAUGAACGACAUUUCACCCAGGUGUUCGGAAUCGAUUCCAGGCAGGGAAGCAUUAACUUGGCGCACGGAAUACCCAGUCACAGCCACAAGAUUGAUCUCAACGGCGUGAGGCAUGUUGAUAUUGCCGACAGACCAGAUGACUUUGACAUACACCAGAGCUGCAACCACGCCCCUGUGGCCCGAAACUGGCCAAACUCGAGAAAACGCUGGGCUGCUCUGGGUAGCUGCGUCAAUACAGCCUGUCUGGGAUUCUUGAUCGGCAUCUAUUCUGGAGAGGUGCCAGCGAUUCAAUAUGUGAUCGUCGAUUUCGAUCGACUCAUGAUCUUCGGAAACGUCUUUCUGUACUGCGGUCUCGCUAUACCAACCCUGCUCUUGUGGCCCCUCCCUCUUCUACACGGCCGGAAACCGUACACUAUUGCAGCCUUGACUCUGGCAUUGUGUCUCCAAAUACCUCAAGGACUGGCAGUCAGUACAUUCCGAAGUCCCGAUGUGCGAACAUAUCGCAUACUUUUGCUCUUAUCUCGGGCGGUCUCGGGACUCGUUUUCGGCUUUGCCAACAUCAACAAUUUCGGGACCCUUUUAGAUGUUUUCGGGGCAUCGCUCAAGAGCAGUGAGUCUAACGAAGGAUUGGAAGAUCCACUUGACGUCCGGCGACAUGGAGGAGGAAUGGGUGUAUGGCUAGCAGCCUGGUCUUGGUGCACAAUGGGUUCCAUUGCGCUUGGGUUUGUGCUUGGAGCCUUCAUCAUCAAUGGAGCCUCUGUAGAUUGGGGUUUCUGGGUAUCGUUGAUAUUCCUCAUGUUUGUCCUUCUACUGAACGUUAUCACACCCGAGGUCCGUCGGUCGGCCUUCCGGAGAACUAUUGCAGAUGUGCUCGGCGAGGGCGGUGGCUUCAGCAGGGUGGCUCGAGGGGAGGUCAAAUUGCAUUUGACCGGUACAGGACCUUACUGGUGGGGCGAAGAGGUGAUUGCUGGCCUCCGAUUAAGCUGGAAAAUGGUCAAGCAACCUGGUUUCCUGGUGCUGUCUAUAUACACAGCGUGGGUUUACGCCCAAUUCACCUUGGUAUUGAUGCUUCUUGGAGCUUUGGCAUCCACUAGAUACCGGUACAAGCCUGUCCAUGUCGGACUCUGCGUCCUGUCUCUGGGUAUUGGUUCGGUAAUGGCGAUCCCAUUCCAGAAGGCGUCGUGGCUCAGUCGUGCCCGAUAUCUCCCGCCGCGGACAAACAGUAUGACCUUGAAAAGCGCAAUCGGUUGGACAUCGCAUACCCUCCGGCGGACAUUGUGGAUGGUGUUUCUUCCACUGGCAGCCAUUGGCUAUGCUCUGACUUCGAAAGGUCCUGUGUUUCCCGUGGCCGUCCCGUGCCUUUUUGCGGGACUUGUCGGCUAUGCAUCGGUCUUGGGAAUUGGCGAAUGCUACGCAUUGAUCAUGCAAACCUUCGACACGUCUGACCUGCAGCCUGGAAUGACCGGACGGCCAGCACGGCAGUCAGUCAUGGGACCAUACCGCCAGCAAAGAACCAAUUUCUCGUGCUAUCCAAGGGUCAGCGCAGGCAUAGCGGUCACUCAGUCUCUCAAAUUUGUAUUCGGGGCGAUAUCGACGGCAAUAUGUGGUCGCGUCGAGAGAAGAUAUGGGGCAGCGCAGGCGGCGGCUAUCGUCGCAGGGGUCCUGCUGGCAUUGACACUACUUGUAGUGGUGGUCCUGGUCCGCUGGCGAACAGUGCAAAUGCUCCCUGGCAGACAGGAUGAAGAAAGUGAUGCGGAGGGGUGGGAGCCAGUAAUACUGGGUGACCCUAGCGGCUUGUCCCGUAAGAUCAGUUUGUUGGAGGCGGGAGACCUGACUAGGUGGUCGGAAAUCCGACGCAGGAAUCGUGUAGAGACUGGCUUGACUCGGCGGUGA